AUGGCUUUGAUAUUUCUAGUAACUUGUAUGGACUAUCAUUAUGAAACUCAACCAAUACCAAAUCCAAUUUCGUAUUAUCUUCAUCAAAAUCCAGCAUCAUUUCAUAAAUUUGAAGUUCUCGUUAAUCAUUUUAUUGAAUUAAUUGUUCCAUUUUUCUGUUUUGGUCCAUGGCGUAUUGCUCGACAUAUUGCUGGAACAUUACAAGUAUUUUUUCAAAUUCUAUUAAUUAUUAGUGGAAAUCUAAGUGUUCUUAAUUGGAUUACUAUCGGACCGGCAUUAUGGUGUUUUGAUGAUUCCUAUCCAUUAUAUAGAUAUCUAUUUAAACGAGAAAUUUUUAUGAAUAUAAAUUUUAAUGGAAUUCGACAACGAAUAAAAUAUUUACGAUCAAUAAUAAAAUUAAUUAUAUUUAGUUUAAUAAUUUAUUUAAGUAUUGAUCCUGUAUUGAAUUUAUUUUCACGUUAUCAACGAAUGAAUUCAAGUUUUGAUCGAUUAAACCUUGUUAAUACAUAUGGAGCAUUUGGUAGUGUAGGAAAAAUUCGUGAUGAAGUUAUUAUAAGUGGUUGUAAUAGAUCAUCAAUUGAACAAUGUAAUCAUGAUAAUGCUUGGUUAGAAUAUGAAUUUAGUUGUAAACCUGGUAAAAUUGAUAGAGCACCUUGUUUUAGUGCACCUUAUCAUCGAAGAUUAACAUGGCAAUUAUGGUUUGCAGCAAUGCAAAAUUUACAAUAUAAUCCUUGGCUUGUUCAUUUAAUGACACAUUUACUUGCAUCAGAUCAAUAUUCACCUGUAAAUGUUGUUUUAUCUGUUGGAGGAAAUCCAUUUCCAGACGUACCACCUCGAUUUAUUAAAGCAGAUUUAUAUCGUUAUAAAUUUACAAGUUUAAAUAGUGGAGAUAAAAAUUGGUGGGUGCGAAGUAAUCCACAACCAUAUUCACCAAUAUUGACAUUAGGAAGUCCACAAUUAAAAUCAAUUUUUCGACAAAUGGAAUGGAAAAUGCCUAAAGUACCAAUGCGAUCGUGA